AGAGAUUAGUAAGUAAGUAAGUAAGUCAGAUUGGAGUCUAAUCUGAUGCGGUGACUAAUGUCAGCAAGCAUUAAAGUCUCAUGGAAAGUCACCUGAGCACGCAAAGCACAUCAUUUGACGAUAAAACGAGGAAAAUACUGUAACUGCAAAUGAAGCAUCUCAAGAGUCAGUCAUGGAAACACAGGAUUGUGCAAGUAAACAUCCUAAAAUUAACAUUAACUAGCACUACCAUAGUAAGAAGUACUUAACUAUGGUACUUAAAUCGAUUUUUCACGUACGUACUUUUAUUUUACUUAUUUACAUUUGUGUCGUCCUUCUACUUUUUCAGUCCCUACAGACGAGUUAAUUUGUCAAAAUAUACUUAUAUUUUUUUCAACCUUUGCAGAUGACAACAUGAUGUAUAAAAAGGACAUAAAAAGAGAGAGGCAUAGUCAGCCCCAGUUGAGAUUUUGAUUGAUAAAGUGAUUGAUUGAGAUCUUGGGAAGGCAGUACGUGAACAGGAUGUUGUUGUCUGCUUCAAGAAUGAUUCGUGGUGAAUUAAUAGCAUCUUGUGCUAGCCUAAAAACUAACAGCUUCUGGCAUUCCAAAGUUGUCCUUUUGAGAAAAAGACAUACAGACAUGUGGUCAAAUAGCAAUGAUGGCUUCAUCACCUAUCAUGUACCGUUUGAUAACCGACUUCUGGUAUCUCAGGUGGCAGAGUCCAAGUGCCCGCGUCCUGAGGUGAGACUGUGCGCGCCAGUGAAGAAUAGGAACACGAGUGGGUGCAUUAAACAGAAUAAACGUGAUGAUGCCACGGCGGUGCAGGGACCCAGGCUGCGGAGAGGGUCUCUCUCUUAUGCCUCCACCAGGCGAAUCCAGGUAAAGAUGGAAGCUGAAAUUCAAGAGGCAAAAGAACUGAUUCGACCUUUGCUGGACACAGAAAAGGAGUUGGAGAAUUUUCUGAGCAGGCACGAUGAAGCCAAGGCAAUGAAGAGGGAGGUGAUGCGCAAGGUUUUGCAUGAGGAAGUGUGGGCCCCGCUCCAAAAGAAGCUCGACUACCACAUGGCCAUCUGCAACCCGGCUGAGAUCAAGACACGCCAAAACUUUUAUGAACGAUUCCUCCAGCACGGAAACGCCAAGGGCUACGUGUUUUUAGAUACGUGUGACCUGAAUGAAUACAAUCCGUAUCUCCUCUAUGGCAAAAAGCCACACAGGUGCAAGGUGAGUUGGAUUUGUUUUGUCAUGACAUGGUUUUGAUUUUUUGUGUGAAACAGUGAAGUAUUGAUGUAUCAAUCUGGAUGUUUUUUUUCCCCAGGAAGGUAUUCUUCCGAGGAUGCUUUCCACCUAAAAUUUGAUGUGAUGUACAUAACAAACUUCUUUGAGUAUAUUUUUUUAAAGUUGAAUGUUAACCGAUUUAUUUUGUUAUUCUUGUUUCAA